UGCGAGCAGCCACCUGAAACUAGCAGUUUGUUCGUCUCGGAUACUGUGGAUCAGUACAACGAUGUGAGCUUUGGCCCGCUCGGUGGCCCCGAUUCGGCACCCUAUGAAAAGCGUUGCGAGUGUGGCAAUGGGACGAUGUAUUAUUAUAAAUCGGUGGUGAGCACAUCCUGGUUCGAUAUUCUUGCCAGGGCUAAACAGUCCGUUGAUUUAUCAUGCGCUGCGAUGGGUUCCAUGUGUGUGUGCGAUAUUUCGGAUAUUUGCUACACUGCCACAAACUCCACAGUACAUGCUGUGCUUGCGUCCUACUGUAGCAGAGACGCAUGUGACAUGUACAUGCUGGUUGAGGGCGAUACAGACGAAGAGGGUUUGAUUCCGAUUGAUGGUGGACCAGUGAUAAAGUCCGGUGAUCAAUAUGCGGAACACAGCACAACGCCGUACAUGAUCAACAGUCAAACAUAUAGUUACAAGAAGAUUUCAGCCAUAGCUUGUGGCCAGUGCCCCAUUUAUAGGCUCAGUUGUUAG